UCUUCUAGAGUACGUACGAUACCUUGUGUCUAUUGAGAAGUUGGCAAUUACUCGUACUAUGGCUGCAACUAUGUCUUCAUACGGGAUUAUAGUCCCAGCUUCCCGACACUACUUCAUCGUCAACGCACAACCUGGUGAGGAUGUGGAUAAAAUAAUGGUCCUCAACCCGUCUCCAACUCAAGCACUAAUGAUUCAUGACUCUGGAGACGUCUGCUCUGUGAUGUCUGAUGGCGGACCUGCUUAUACAACUCUUUCAAUGGAAUUUACAACCAAUCACGGAUCAGUAGCCACUGCUAGAUUCGUGGAUGGAUCACAAGGGGUCGAUGAUCAACAGCCUAUUAAUAUUGCCAAGUUUAUAGUCCUGCUAGAGUCUCGUCAAGAAGAUGAUGAUCAUGAUCAUGAAGAAGACGAUGACGACAACUAUGAUGAUGAUGAUGAUGAUGAUGAUGAUGAUGAUGAUGAUGAUCAAACAGAAGAAGAAGAAGAUGAAGAGGAAGAGGAAGAGGAAGAGGAGAACUACAAAUCAGAAGAAGAAAAAGAAGCAAGAGAAGAAAGAGAAGGAGGUGAAGGAGAUGGAGAGAUUUGCGUGAUUUGUCAAGAAGAAUACAAAGGAGGUGAGUUGAUCGGAGCACUGGAAUGCAGACAUGAGUAUCAUCCAAAGUGUAUCAAGAAAUGGUUGCGGAAGAAUAGAGUCUGUCCAAUUUGCAGGUUCACAGAUUUCUCAUUAUAAGUUUUAUGGUUAAUUUUCACAUUUGUUAUUAUCUUUUCUGUUUCUAUGCGUACAUGUUUCAAAUACUGGAAAACUAAAUAUAUAGAAGAUUAUGUUUAGCAAAUUAAUGUUAAUAAUUAGAAACCCAAAAUCAGCUUACAAGACAUUGAUAGCUA